GGCAGAGAAAGAGAGGGAGGAUUUGGUUGGGGGCUUGCGGCCGCAUGCGGAACAUGAUGUCAGAGGAAUGCUCUGUGCCGCUCCUCGUAGCUGACUGGAACAGCAGCCACCUUCCUCUCUCACUCCCUCCCCGUCUCCCUUCAGCAUCCGGCACAGCAGCUGGAGCUUGCAGCAAAUGAAGGGAGGGGAAGGGAAGAAGGGAGCAAGGGAGGCAAAAGGGUGAGAGACAGAGGGAGAGGCAAAGUUUGGUGUGACAUAAAGAGAGGGGGAUGAGUUGGACUGGGACAGUAAAGGAAGGAAGGGAACAGAACAGUAGUCUAUAGACCUACACUGAGCUCUAUAGUAUUGCAGACCUGUGAGUCAUGGCUGUGGUCUGUAUAGGAAUGGAACAGAACAGUAGUCUAUAGAGCUUGGGCUCCGGUAAUGCAGACUGGGCUGUGGUCUGUGUACUUAGCAGGGAUCCGGUGACUGAAGGAUACAGACGCUGCAUGGAGCAGUCAGACACCUAUACACAGAGUGGGAAUUUYUUUACAGGCUUCAGGAUAUCCACUCGGUGAAGAUGUAGUCCAUUUGGUUUCCGUGGAGAUGUCUCUAAACAGGGCCURCUCUUGUCGCCGCCCUCCUGCCCUGUUGCCGUGGCUACUGUGGACUCUGUGGGUUCUACUCCUCCCCACGACCGUCGCCUCGACCACGGGCCCCGGCAACAGCACCCUGCUCUUCAACAGUGCCGCCCACGGCAACAGCCUGCGGAAAUGCAGCUGCUCCACCCACAUCCAGGACUGUGACGAMGCGUUGGCAAACCUGCUGUGCAGCUGCCGCACCAUGUCGCACUCAGAGCUGACCCCUGGGGGCCUGAGGGAGCAGGGCAGCUUGACCAUGUGGCUCAGAGAGCCCUGGGUCCUCACAGAGCUACUGAAUGGGAGCGUGGUGCCAGACCUGCGCCUGUCCUACUGUGGACCCGGGUCCCUGGCCAUCCCCACCCAGUACCUGGCCCUGUUCGGUCUCCGUAGGCUGAGGGUCCACAUCGCUGCCCAGGGUGCCCCACACCCGGAGCAAGUCCUCACAAUCGCCUCUGGGACUGAGGAUAUAGAGGAUAUGGGGUCCCUAGCCUUCACUGACCCCUCGUCUUCUAUCCUUCAUGUAUCCUUCCUGGAUGUAGCACUGCUUAAUGGCUUGUCGUCCCUAAAGGCCUACAGUGUGAGCGCCCCUCCCAUGCCCACCCUCUCCCAGUACUUCCCCUACCUGCCCCUGUACCCCUCCACCGCCUUGGACCAGCCCCUGUACCCCUCCACCCCUCUGGACCAGCCCCCAGAUCCCCAACAGGACUGCCUCUUCACCUUCAUCUACUAGACCUGUAGGCUCUGAGCAGAGAGCAGGGCUGGGUCAGUCCCUCAGCUAAAUAGAUCUAUGGGAACUAGACUGAGUUGGAUGGAUAACACUGAAGUGGUAAGUGCAAGAGCUCCAUUCACCCUGAUGUUACUGAAUGCGCUUGAUGUGCAGAGAGCUAUGCUGCUUUUCAAUUUGUUUCUAUAUGGUGCGUUUCUACGCUGCAGAAAACACUAUUCCAAAAUCCACAAGAAGACUCUGGACAAGACAACCAUCUCUGAGAAGAAGAAGGAGGCAUCUGUUAGUAUCAAUGCAAGAGCGAGGCAGAGAAGAAGAGAUGGAAAGAGACUGAGAACGAGACAGAAAACAAGACAGAGAACGAGACAGAGAACGAGACAGAGAACGAGACAAGGACGGCAUCCGUCUGCUGCAUUCAUAACAAAUGCUAUCUGACAGUUAGCUUUGCCAGCUGCUCUUUUCUUCAGUUAUUCGGUGCAGAUGGCCUAUUAAAGCAUGUUGUUUUGAAGCAGGUUACCAUGGCUCCCCUUUAAAUGGGUCUUCCUGGUUGGAACCCUAAUGGAUCGUCAGGUCAUGUGACUGUUCUUAGUUGAACUGUACGGUUGUGGACCCCACCUUAAGCUGGACUUGGUUGGGUUUUUAAUUCAAGAUGAAGCUGACGUAGAAGCCUUCUGGACUGGUGAGCUCUGGAGACUGGGUCCGUCCGGCCCAUGCUGGAUUGAUUACAUCACUGUGUUUCUGGUGUUCUAGAWUACAGGGUUGUUCUGGAACGACCUUGGUCUCACCCCUAUGGUCCACAAUAUGUUCUUCUGCUCAUGUUCUAGAAUGAGCAUGUCUGUACCCUUUUAGUUUUUAAGUAGUACCCUGGCCAGGGAUUAGACCAGGUUAGUAAAGGUUAAUACAUUUUACCCUUGUUUUUUUUUUUUAUUAUUAAAAGAGGGGGAAGAAGGAACAUGACGAGAGGUGUUAGGAAAUAUUUUCUGAUCUCCACUCAAAAAACAAAUAGCACGUGUUUUAUUUUCAGCUGACAACCGGAGAGACACAUAGUCACGUCAUUCAUCUAAAACCACCCUCACAAACCGACUGCAGCCAACACUUCUGUUCUGCGUGUGUGUGUGUGUGUGUGUGGUGUGUGUGUGUGUGUGGUGGUGUGUGUUGUGGUGU